UUCUGACACCAAAUAUAGAGAACAGUAAUUUUCCCUACCAAGUACCUAACUUCCGUAAGUGUGAGAUCUGUUUGCUGUCUUUUCCAAAAGAGACCCAGUUCCAGCGCCAUAUGAGGGAUCAUGAGCAAAAUGACAAGCCUCACCGAUGUGACCAGUGUCCAAUGUCUUUUAAUGUUGAAUUCAACUUGACACUUCAUAAAUGUACUCAUAAUGGUGAAGAUCCUACGUGCCCUGUGUGCAACAAGAAAUUCUCCAGAGUGGCCAGUCUGAAAGCUCAUAUAAUGCUACAUGAGAAAGAAGAGAAUCUUAUCUGCUCAGAGUGUGGAGAUGAAUUUACUUUACAGAGUCAGCUGUCCAUACACAUGGAAGAACAUCGUCAAGAAUUGGCAGGCAGUAGGAUCCACAGCUGCAAAUCUUGCAAAAAAGAAUUUGAAACUUCCUCACAGCUGAAGGAGCAUAUGAAAACUCACUAUAAAAUAAGAGUAUCAAAUACUAGAUCUUAUAACAGAAAUAUUGAUAGAAGUGGAUUUACCUAUUCCUGUCCUCACUGUGGAAAGACGUUCCAGAAGCCGAGUCAGUUAACACGACAUGUUAGGAUACACACAGGUGAAAGACCUUUCAAAUGCAGCGAAUGUGGAAAGGCCUUUAACCAGAAGGGAGCGUUGCAGACCCACAUGAUCAAACACACCGGAGAGAAACCCCACGCUUGUGCCUUUUGUCCGGCAGCCUUUUCUCAGAAAGGCAAUCUCCAGUCACACAUACAGAGAGUUCAUUCGGAGGUGAAGAAUGGCCCUACGUACAACUGUACAGAAUGUAGCUGUGUCUUCAAAAGCUUGGGUAGUUUAAAUACACAUAUCAGCAAGAUGCACAUGGGUGGUCCACAGAAUUCUGCAAGCUCUUCAACAGAUGUAUCUCAUGUUACAGCGGACUCUGUCACCCAGCCUUUAACAACGUCCCCUACUAAUCUUUUACAACCUGUUGAUAACAAAUGGAAGAACGCCACGCAUUUUCGGUCUCCACUUCUUCAACAAACAGAAAACCAGGUGUCUUCAGCUACUGCACAUCAAGGUCAGCAGGCUGUAACUGAUGUCAUUCAGCAGCUCCUUGAGUUAUCAGAACCAGGUCCUGUAGAGAAUAACCAGCCUCAACAACCUGGUCAACAACUGAACAUUGCAGUGGGAAUCAAUAGAGAUAUUUUGCAGCAAGCUUUAGAGAACAGUGGGUUGUCUUCGAUUCCUGUCUCCGCACAUUCUUCUGACUGUAGCCAGGCUAAGACUCCUGGGGCCCAGGAUCAGAAUCCAGAUGUCCAAACUCUCUCAAAUCAUCAGGCUGACUCUAAUGCAGAACAAGAUAAAGAGCAAGAGAGUACAGAUAAACUGGAUAAAAAAGAAAAAAAAGUUAUGAAGAAAAAAUCACCGUUUUUACCUGGUUCUAUACGUGAAGAAAAUGGAAUAAGGUGGCAUGUUUGUCCAUAUUGCUCCAAAGAAUUUAAAAAGCCUAGUGAUCUAGUGCGUCACAUUCGCAUUCAUACCCAUGAGAAGCCGUUCAAGUGUCCGCAGUGUUUCCGCGCCUUUGCCGUUAAGAGUACUCUCACAGCACACAUAAAAACACAUACUGGCAUUAAAGCUUUCAAGUGCCAAUUUUGUAUGAAAUGCUUUUCCACCUCAGGGAGUUUAAAAGUUCACAUUCGUCUACAUACAGGUGUUAGACCUUUUGCUUGUCCUCACUGUGACAAGAAGUUUAGAACAUCGGGCCACCGGAAAACUCAUAUUGCUUCACAUUUUAAACAUACUGAACUGAGAAAGCUGCGACAUCAACGUAAACCUGCAAAAGUUCGAGUAGGAAAGACGAGUGUUCCAGUACCAGACAUUCCUUUGCAAGAGCCCAUACUCAUAACUGAUUUAGGUCUUAUGCAGCCAAUCCCAAGGAAUAGCCAGUUCUUCCAAAAUUAUUUUAACAAUUUUGGUAAUGAUGCAGAGAGACCAUACAAAUGUUUUUAUUGCCAUCGAGCCUAUAAAAAAUCUUGUCAUCUUAAACAACAUAUCAGGUCACAUACUGGUGAAAAGCCAUUUAAGUGCUCUCAGUGUGGAAGAGGUUUUGUGUCAGCUGGAGUUCUGAAAGCACAUAUUAGAACACACACUGGAUUGAAAGCUUUUAAGUGUCUUAUAUGCAACGGGGCCUUCACUACUGGUGGUAGCCUCAGGCGACAUAUGGGAAUCCAUAAUGACCUUCGGCCGUAUAUGUGUCCAUAUUGUCAAAAAACAUUCAAAACAUCACUAAACUGUAAAAAACACAUGAAGACUCAUAGAUAUGAACUUGCACAGCAACUUCAGCAGCAUCAGCAGUCUGCUUCAAUAGAUGAUUCUACAGUAGAUCAGCAGAGCAUUCAUGUUUCUACACAGAUGCAAGUGGAGAUUGAAAGUGAUGAGCUACAGCAGUCAGAAGCUGUUGCAACAGAUCAGCAGGCUAUUUUAGAGUUAGACCAGCAGCCAGUAGUAGGCACAGAAGAAACAGCACUAGAACAACAAUUGACUGAUCAACCUUUAGAGCAAGAUGAAGAUAGAUUUGUGACAUCCCAGCAUGCUUUACAGGAAAACAUCACUCAAUUUGAACAACAAGCUAUAACACAGCAGCCAUUUGAUCAACAGGGCUUAUCACAAGGUUUUACAGUGAAUGACAGCUACAAUCAACAGACUCAAUUUCCAGCUGUACAGCAGCUGCAGGAUUCAAGCACACUUGAAUCUCAGGCUCUUUCAACGAGUUACCAUCCACCAGCCCUCCUUCAGGUUCCAAAUACAGACACUAUUAACGUAACUACUCGUUUGAUACAAGAUCAGACAUCACAAGAAGAACUUGAAUUGCAUACCCAACGGCCUCACUUUCUUGAGGAUAACGAAGAUCAAAGCAGGCGUUCGUAUAGAUGUGAAUAUUGCAGCAAAGGUUUUAAGAAAUCUAGUCACUUGAAACAACAUGUACGAUCACAUACUGGUGAGAAACCUUACAAAUGCCAACUCUGUGGCCGUGGCUUUGUUUCCUCAGGAGUUCUUAAGUCACAUGAGAAGACUCAUACAGGAGUUAAAGCAUUCAGCUGUAGCAUUUGCAAUACCUCCUUCACAACUAAUGGCAGCCUUACGAGGCACAUGGCAACUCACAUGAGCAUGAAGCCUUACAAGUGCCCGUUCUGUGAUGAAAGCUUUCGAACAACUGUUCACUGCAAAAAACAUAUGAAAAAACAUCAGGCAGUCUCCUCAGCUGUAGCAGCAGCUACAGAAACAGGAGGAGGAGUUGCAUGUGUUGAAGAUGAUGAUGAAAACUCUGAAAGAACUUCCAGAAAAUCUCGUCCUGGUGUCAUAACUUUUACAGAAGAAGAAACAGCAGAACUGGCAAAGAUUAGGCCUCGAGAAAGUGCCACUGUCUCAGAAAAAGUUCUUGUCCAGUCUGCUGCAGAGAAAGACAGAAUUAGUGAGAUCAAAGAUAAGCAAGCAGAAUUGGAAGCAGAGCCCAAAUAUGCCAACUGUUGUAGCUAUUGCCCCAAAAGCUUUAAAAAACCCAGUGAUUUAGUCAGGCAUGUUCGUAUCCAUACUGGAGAGAAGCCGUAUAAGUGUGACGAAUGUGGGAAGAGUUUCACUGUAAAAUCCACUCUGGAUUGUCAUGUUAAAACACACACAGGCCAGAAACUCUUCAGUUGUCACGUAUGCAGUAAUUCUUUUUCUACAAAAGGGAGUCUAAAAGUCCACAUGCGUCUGCAUACAGGAGCAAAGCCCUUUAAAUGUCCACACUGUGAUUUACGGUUUCGUACUUCAGGGCGCAGAAAAACCCACAUACAGUGUCAUUAUAAAACAGAGACAAAGAAAGUUAGGAAGCCGGUCACCCGUACUUCAGCUGAGGGACUACAGCCAGUCAGUCUUCUUAAUUCAUCCUCAACAGACCCUAAUGUUUUCAUCAUGAAUAACUCCGUUUUGACGAGUCAGUUUGAUCAAAAUUUACUUCAACAAGGACUCGUGGGCCAGGCUAUCCUGCCUGCUUCAGUGUCAGCUGGAGGUGACUUAACUGUGUCCUUGACAGAUGGUAGCUUGGCCACUCUUGAAGGAAUACAAUUACAACUUGCUGCUAAUCUGGUUGGACAAAAUGUUCAAAUUUCUGGAAUAGAUGCCACCGGUAUUAACAACAUAACGUUACAGAUUGAUCCAAGUAUUUUACAGCAGACGUUACAGCAGAGUAAUUUACUUGCUCAGCAACUAACUGGAGAUCCCAGUAUGGCUCCGCAGAAUCCCUCCCUGCAGGCAACAGAAAAUGCAGUGCCGGCUAAUGUGGUUAUCCAGCCUAUAUCAGGCCUGUCUUUGCAGCCCACAGUAACGUCUUCCGCCAACAUGACAAUAGGAUCCCUGUCGGAGCAAGAGUCUGUGCUGACAACCAGUGCUAGUGGUGCACAGGACAUCUCUCAAGUUAUGACUUCACAGGGUAUGGUAUCAUCUUCAAAUGGACAACACGAGAUAACGUUGACCAUAAAUAAUUCCAGUUUGAGUCAAGUUCUAGCUCAUGCUUCGGGUUCUACUACUACGAGCUCGUCAGGAAGUCCUCAAGAAAUCACUCUUACAAUAUCUGGCCAAGAUCUUAUUCAGCAUAAUUCUGGAGGCAGUGAUCUGAAUAGUGGCUUAAGGCUGACAGCACCAACCAUCAACAGUCAGACUACAGGUGCUACGUUAACUAUAAGCAACGACCAGCUUCUUUCUCAGGGCACUUCACUAAAUGCUCCAGAACUUAAUACAACAGGUGGAACAAACCUUCCUUCAACAACACCCAUAUCUCAGUCUACAGUUUCGGCCCAGAAUUUGGUAAUGUCUUCAUCGGGAGUUGGAGGAGAUGGUAGUGUCACCUUGACUCUUGCUGACACUCAGGGAAUGUUGUCAGGUGGUCUUGAUGCAGUUACACUUAAUAUCACUUCACAGGGUCAGCAGUUCCCUGCCAUACUCACAGAUUCCAGUCUUGCUAGCCAAAGUGGGUCAGGCUCACAGCAAGUCAUACUGGUGAGCCAUACGCCCCAUUCAACAGCUGCAAACUCUGAUGAAAUAACAUAUCAGGUGACAGAAGUUUCUCCUAAUGUGACUAAAAGCAGUCAAGCAGAAAAGGAAGGUCGUGUGCACCAGUGUUUUGAAUGUAGUCAAACCUUUUCUUCAGCCACCAUGUUGAUGCACCAUAGCAAAGAGGUUCAUGGCAAGGAAAGAAUACAUGUUUGCCAUGUCUGCAAUAAAGCCUUUAAGCGAGCAACACAUCUUAAGGAACACAUGCAAACCCAUCAGGCUGGACCUUCCCUGAGUUCCCAGAAGCCUAGAGUGUUUAAGUGUGAUACUUGUGAAAAAGCUUUUGCUAAGCCAAGUCAGCUGGAAAGACAUUGCCGCAUUCACACAGGGGAACGACCAUUUCAGUGUACUCUGUGUGAAAAGGCUUUUAACCAGAAGAGUGCUCUUCAAGUCCAUAUGAAAAAGCACACAGGAGAGAGGCCUUAUAAAUGUGAUUAUUGUGCAAUGGGAUUUACACAGAAAAGCAAUAUGAAGCUGCACAUGAAACGGGCUCAUGGUUACACUGGUCCUGUACAAGAGCCUGCUAGUCAUCAAGAACAAGAAGGGGAAGAUAUUAGUCGUGCUCUGAAUUUAGAAGAAGUGGUACAAGAAUCUUCAAAUGAGUGGCAAAGUAUAGGCAAUGUUUUUCGAUGACACCUUGAAGUUUGAAAGCUGAAAAUGUUUCUGGGACUCAAAUUUCUCUAAACAAGUUUUCAGAAAAGUAAAAGAUGGAUUUUUACAGUUAAAGCUUCAAGCAUUGAAAAUAUUAACAAUGGAAUAAUAUAUUAUAGGGUUUUUUUUAAUAAUUUACAAACAUUACCUAAAAGAAUAAUUUUUUUUUUUAAGCUUGUAGAAGAAUAUUGGGAAAACAUCGUUUAAUCUGUGCUA